GAUGCAGUUGCAACCGCGAAUUUGCAAUAAAGUGAAUAAAUUUAUAACCCUUUCGCUCAACUACUACGGUGUAUGUAGUGACUGUUUCAGAUUUUGUCACUUUUUAAACGUUUGUGAGGGGAAACUAAAGCUUUCAUUAUCCUCUACGGUAAACAGUGAGUGUUUAAUUCAAUUGUGCGUGAAUGCGUAAGAAAAAGUGAUUCGACGCGGCGUAUUUCUGUUAUCAUUAAUGUUGUGUAAUUUAAAAGGGAAUGUUUGUUAUGAUUUUAUCUCGGAUUUUAUAGUUAUUUUGAAAGGACCGUCCCCAUUCGUCAUUCAUCUGAUUGCCAGCGCUUCCUAGAAGUGUACAAUAUAAUCGAAGCUAAUUAAAAUCGACCAAUACAAAGUCACCGACAGCACGCAUACAUCUGUCCUUCUACGCUCGGAGCAUAGCAAGCGGACUGGCUACGAAAUGUGAUGUCUGAUGUCAUUUGCGCUUAAGCCACGCAUCCGUUACAACCGCACCGAAAAUCAGAUGUUCGUAAGUUUAAGUUUUGAUGCGCAAAGUACAAGAUAAGUGUGUUCCGAGUGUGAAUCAAAAUAAAAACUAUUGAAAAGCGAAAAAGAUGUGAGAAUUCAGCCGAAAAGUGAUGUCAACAUUACCAGAUAAGGUGAUAUUAAAUGUGUGUUUUAAAGUGAUAAAGUUACCCAGUAACAAAUUUAUAUAAUGAGAAGAUAGCAAGUGUUCACGUGUGUUACAAUUGGCCAUUUCGAAAUCCGUUAGUGCCUAUCCGCUCGAACGCAGUGACGUUCCCGGCGAGUGAAACAUUCUGCGACGAUCGCUAAUUAUUCCGGUAAAUAAGCCGGCAGGUUAAGCGCUAAACACUCACCGGUGCCGGUUGCUGUGCCUGUGACUGGACUUGCAAAAUGACCGUCACCUAUACUGCCGAGGUAGCCACCUGCCGGGGCUUCGGCUGCUUCUUGAAACUGCUGGUCAGAUGGCGAGGCAGCAUAUACAAAUUAGUCUGGCUGGAUCUCAGCUGUUUCCUACUGCUGUAUUAUAUAUUAAAUAUAACCUACCGGGUAGCACUAAACGAGGAACAGAAGCGUAUUUUCGAAGAAAUUGUGCGAUAUUGUUCCACAUACAGUAACCUCAUUCCAUUAUCCUUCGUACUUGGUUUUUACGUCACAAUUGUGAUGACACGAUGGUGGAACCAGUACACCAGUAUACCGUGGCCGGACCCAAUCGCGGUAUUCGUUAGUGCCAAUAUUCAUGGUCAGGAUGAGCGAGGCAGAGUGAUGCGGCGAACGAUUAUGCGAUACGUGUGCCUCUGCCUGACAAUGGUUCUGACCAACAUUUCACCACGCGUCAAGAAACGUUUCCCAACGAUCGAGCAUCUGGUGGAAGCUGGUUUGCUCAACGAAAAUGAGCACAAAAUUAUGCACCACCUGAAUCAAAAGUUUCCCAGGCACUCGAAACACUGGUUACCGAUUGUGUGGGCUGCCAGUAUUGUAACCCGAGCACGGAAGGAAGGUCGCUGUCGGGACGAUUUUGCCGUUAAGACUAUCAUUGAUGAACUGAACAAAUUUCGAGGUCAAUGCGGGCUGUUGAUCUCGUACGACACUAUCAGUAUCCCGUUAGUGUACACUCAGGUGGUGACGUUGGCUGUGUACUCGUACUUCCUAACCUCUGUCAUGGGACAGCAAUGGAUCGAAACAAAGAAUCUCGGCGAAGGAGUAGUUAAUAAGAUCGAUCAGUAUUUUCCGGUCUUUACUACGUUACAGUUUUUCUUCUACAUGGGCUGGCUCAAAGUGGCGGAAUCGUUGAUAAAUCCCUUCGGCGAAGACGAUGACGAUUUCGAAGUGAACUGGAUGGUUGAUCGAAACAUUCAGGUUUCCUACCUAAUUGUAGAUGAAAUGCACCACGAGCAUCCCACGUUGGUUAAGGAUCAAUACUGGGACGAAGUCUUCCCGUCCGAGCUGCCAUACACCGUGGCAACGGCUGAGAACAAGGAGGAACCACCUCAACCGUCCACGGCUAACAUCUCCGUGAAGAAUAAACAAGCGGAAGUCAUCCCGGUGGUGCCGUCAUCCGUACGAGUGGACGAAAUGGUCGGUAAAAAGAGUCACAAUUAUGACUACACAUUCCCUGAACAGCAGGGUAUGCUCGACGACGAGGCCGACGACAAUGCAAGUGGCAUUCACUUUGGUUCCUACGACAAUAAACCAUUCCAGCGAGGCGGACCGUCCACGAACAGUCUCGCCAGUGUAGCACAAACGAUAACCCGCGUCAACACGGUAGCAUCGGCUUUGAAGCGGUUCUUCGGCCGGGAGGAUAGCAAUAAUCCCACCACUAGUCGACCGCCAAGUGCUACUCCGGAAUCACAAACUGGACCGUUUAAAUUUCCCGGAUCGGCAAGCUCAUCGAAUCUUACCGGACGAUUGCCGGAACGUGCUCAAGGCAGCAUACGCAUCACAGAUCAGGUGAUCGAAGAAGUCGAUGAACAACAGAUGACUAUCACUUCGGUUACAGGGAAAAAUGAUGCUCGACCAAUGGCCGCCAGUUUAUGGGAGCAAGGGCCACCGAAGCCCAGCGAACCUGUCGACGUUCCACAACCGUCCUACAAGCGAACCCAGUCGGCAGUUGCCCAUGGACAAUUCGAAGGAGUUGGGAUCUAUCCUCCUGGCGGCAUCGAAUCAUUACUAAGUGCUUCUGCCCCAGUCGGAGGACAAUUUGAACCUGCUUUUGUUCCUCUGAAUAACCCAUUGUACGAACCAAACAUAACGGGAAGCAAAGAGUCAGAAAAAACAAUUGGCGAUGCCAUGGAUGGUGGUCCGGACGAGGAUACGAGUGAAGCUGAUGAUUUCGAAAAAUUGCGCCAAGCACGCGAAAAAGAGCGAUUAGAACGACAAAAGGUCAAACUCGCCCGGUCGGUUAGUGGGCUAGGACCGAUCGAUGCAACGGAUAUUUUACUAGAAAAACUUACCAGGACGGCCGAACAGCAGCAACAGGAUGCAACACCUGGACCAUCCGGACAGGACACACCUAACACGAAACGAUAUUCCGGUGUUCACGGGACACAAGCCGACACGACCAUUUGAUUUUACGUCUCCGACGAAGACAACGUCAUUGUGGUCAAUCUUACGGACAAGAGCUAGUAGUAGGAGAAAUUCGUAAAUCUUUUUGUUCCGGGAUGGCAUUGGCAUUAGUUGUGUUUUUAUUUUUUAACAUUUUGGAUGUGAAAAACGUAUCAUUUAAUCUCUAAGACAAUCGUUAAAAAGUGCACUUUUCUUUUAUCAGUAUUGACAAAAUUAAUUUCAUUCGUUCACGUUUCUAAACAUAAGAGAUAAAAAAGUUAGGUUUUCGGAUUAACGAGAAUUAUAAAUACAAAGCAAAUACAGCUUAUAAAAAUCGGAUAUUUGAAUUCUUAGGUCAUUUUUAUUGACUAUGCUUAUCCUGCACAGCAAGGAAUAUUAAAGACGCACGAAUGCAAACAACAAACCAGUGAUAUUUUUCGCAAAAGCGACAGUAAAAUCGUUUUAAUAAAGACAUCUACUAAUGAUCUUUACAUAAUUGCACAACUCAUAAAGAAAAUU